GAGGAGCAGGCCUCGCAGCCGGGCACCACCUAUGACCCUCAUCACACCGCCGUCGUUUACCAACAUCGUGUUUAAGGCUGGAGCAGCUGCAGCCUUGCUGAGCCGGACGGAAAACCCGAUGACCCCCGGGAGCCGCCGCCUCCUGCCUCCUCCGAAACAGGCUUCCCUGAGGCGGCCCAAAGCCCACCGGCUCCUGCAGGGCUCCCCACCCUCGCCUACCUGUUUUUCCUCUCCCCUCUCCAGAGGAGCAGAGACGCUGUCCUGUGUGGAGGACAGGCUCCCGAGCCACCCCUCGGGAGAGCGAGUCCUGGAGUCCAGGUCCCAGCCCAAGGGCAGCUGGCCCAGGGCGGUUGGAGGGUGGGACUCUGCCUUUCUUCAGAGCUGCUCAGGCGUUGCUGGGAGAGGGGCCCCGAGGCCAGGUCAGUCUCGGGGUUCUAGGAUGGAGCUGAUGUGGCACUGCUGGGCACAGGCCCAGGACUCGGGCCUGUGGCCCGGACCCACCUUCUCCUCAGCCUCAGCCUUCCCCGGAUUGUCUCCCGCCAGCCCAGCACCCCGGCGCUGCCCUCUAGAUAACCUCGUGUGCCCAGGAGAAAGAACCAGGGGACAGGAGCCCAUGUGUCCCUGCAGGCCCAGGCAGGGGAGGGUGGGGCUCGGCCCAGCCAUCUCAGUGCUUGGAUCUGGGAGGGUGUGCUGUGUCCCUCUCCGGCCCAGCAGUGUCCCCAGGGUAAGGAGGGGAAGGUCCAAUGGCCUGGGUUAAAACCUCGGCUUCGAAGCCCAGAAGCACUGUGACCAUGAGUCAUCUGAUCUCUGUGCCUCAGUUUACUCCACUGUCCCUCCCACGGGUGGAGCUGUGGGUGAGCUCAGUGGUGAGCGAGUGCCCAGCGUUUGCAUGUCCUUGGGUUCAUCCCCAGCACCAGAAAUCAGAAGGGUUCCUAGCAUGACUUAAUCCCGAAGUCUAAACAGUGCCAGCAAGUGGACAGCAGUAAGGAAUUAGGGGUUACCAUUGCUGUUGUCAUGCGUAAACUGCAGUCUUUACUGCCACUCUGGGGAGGGGGUGAAUUAGGAUGAUCCAUUUUUUUAAUAGACUACAUUUUAUUUAAAUAAAUUUUUUAAAGUACAAUACUUAGGGCUGGGGAUUUAGCUCAGUGGUUUUGCCGCCUGCUGCGCAAGCACAAGGACCCGAGUUCAAUCCCCAGUACCAAAAAAUUUUAAAAAAUAAAGUACAAUACUUAGUUUAGUAGUCUAAGGUACAGCUUAUCCCAAACUCUGCAAAACUUUUUAUAAAAAUAUAAUUAAACAAUUGAAGGCUACUUAUUAGCAAUUUUAAUUAGGAAAACAUUUUUUAAAAAUAAUAAAAAUAUAUAUACAUGGGCCGGGGAUUUAGCUCAGUGGUUUCACCACCUGCUGCGCAAGUGCAAGGACCCGAGUUCAAUUCCCCAGUACCAAAAAAACCAAAAUAUAACAAUAAUAAUAAGACAAAGACAAUUUAUAGUAUUCAGUGGAAAUGUCAAAUAUCUACAUAGGAGGAGCCAGGCACUUAGCUCAGUGGUGCCACUGCCUGCCUUGAAAACGCAAGGUCCUGAGUUCAAUCCCUGGUACCAAAAAAUAUAUAUAUAUAUAUCUACAUAGGAAAGGGUUAACAGUGAAAUGAGAUAAGGCGGCAGGAAGGCCCUUUCUCCCACCGCAGCAUGUUCAUAAUAUUUUCCACACUUCAUUUUCCAUUUCAAAGAAGAGUGCUGGGGGUGUGAGUCAGUGGUAGAGCCCUGGGUUAGCCCUGGCUUUUAUCCCCAGCACUCCAGCACUCCAGAAGGAAAGACGGGGGCGGGGGAGAAGAAAGCAAAAAAGGAAGGAGAGAAAAAGAAAGGGCCAGGUGUGGUGGUGCAUGGCUAUUAAUCCCAGCAUCGGGAGGCUGAGGCAGGAGGAUCGCCCGGAGUUGGAGGCCACCCUGGGCUACAUAGUGAGACUCUGUCUCAAAAAACAAAA